AUGACGAAGACACUGACGGUCGGUGUGCUGGCGUUGCAAGGUGCGUUUGAAGAGCACAUAGCCAUGCUAGAAAAUAUGAACGCCAAGACUACUACCGGGGAAACUGUAGUCGUGAAUGCUGUGGCUAUCCGUCUACCCGAGCAGCUGCAGAACGUGGACGCGCUGGUACUGCCUGGUGGCGAGAGCACUACGAUCGGGAAGGUAGCCGUGCGCUGGGGCCUCGUCGAACCACUCAAGAAGUGGGUUGCGGACUGUCGUCCUAUCUGGGGCACAUGCGCCGGCAUGAUAAUGCUCAGUCAACAGGCCAAGCAUACGGAAGAGGGUGGCCAGACGCUCAUCGGUGGUCUGGACGUCGAAGUCUCGCGCAACUUCUUCGGCGCACAGGUGCACAGCUUUGAAAUGCUUGUGGACGGUCCACCGGGCUUUAAUGCGGAGCCGUACAACGCCGUGUUCAUCCGCGCGCCCGCCAUCAUCUCUGUAGGCGAGGAGAUCGAGGUGCUUUCUCGCGUGGCCAACGCCAAGCCUGUCGACGGCUCUGACCCUGUGGACGUCAUUAUCGCCGCUCGCAAAAACAACAUCCUGGUCACGGCUUUCCACCCGGAGAUCACGACAGAUACACGCUGGCACCAGUACUUUAUUGAGACUGUCGUCCUGCCUCGUGUAUAG